AUGGCGGACGAGACAGCGGCGCCGCUGCUCCCCUCAGCUACCCUCAUCGCCGACGCGCCACGCCGGAACAGGUUUGCCUUCGUCUGCGCCACGCUCGCCUCCAUGACCACCAUCCUCAUGGGUUACAAUCUUGCGCUGAUGAGCGGCGCGCAGCUGUUCAUACGGGAGGACCUGGGCCUCUCCGACGUGCAGAUCGAGGUGCUGACGGGGUCCAUGAACCUGUUCAUGCUCGUGUCCAUCCUCGGCGCCGGAUGGGCGGCCGACCUCCUGGGCCGCCGGGGCACGCUCGUGCUAGCCAAUGCCUUCCUCAUGGCCGGAGCGCUCGCCAUGUCGGCAGGCGGCAGCUACGCCGCGCUCGUGGCCGCGCGCUUCGUCACCAGCAUCGGGGUUGGGUUCGCCCGCGUCGUCGCGCCGGUGUACAACGCCGAGAUCUCGCCGGCGUCCACGCGCGGCGUCCUGUCGUCCUUGCUAGACAUGUUUAUCAACGUCGGCAUCUUGCUUAGCUACGUGUCGAACUACGCGUUCGCCGGCCUGCCAGUGCACACCGGCUGGCGCGUCAUGUUCGCCGUCGGCGCACUCCCACCGGUGUUCCUCGCCGCGGGGGUGCUGGCCAUGCCGGAGUCGCCGCGGUGGCUGAUGAUGCGCGGGCGCUACGGGGAGGCGCGCACCGUGCUCGUGCGCACCUCGGACACCCCAGCGGAGGCCGACCUCCGCCUCCAGGAGAUCAAGCAAGCCGUCGAGGCGCCGCGGGCAGCCGGCAGCAGCGGUGGUGUGUGGAAGGAGAUGCUGUUGCGGCCGACGAAAAGCGUGCGCCGGAUCCUCGUCUGCGUGGUCGGCGUGCUGUUCUUCCAGCAAGCGUCCGGCAUCGACGCCAUCGUGCUGUACAGCCCGCUGGUGUUCCAGAAGUCCGGCAUGUCAUCGAACAGCGCCAUCCUCGGCGCCGCCAUCGCCGUAGGGGUGGUCAAGACAUGCUUCAUCCUCGUGGCGACGCUCUUCUCCGACCGCAUCGGCCGGCGCCCGCUUCUCCUCGCCAGCGCCGCAGGUAGUGCGGUGACGCUGGCCUCUUUGGCCCUGACGCUCUGCGCCGGCGCCACGUCCACGGUAAGCACGGCGGCGUGCGUCACGUCGGUGCUGGCCUUCGUGGCCACGUUCUCGGUGGGGUUCGGGCCGCUGGCGCCCGCGUACAGCUCGGAGAUCAUCCCGCUGCGGCUGCGCGCGCAAGGCACCAGCCUUGGCACGGCGGUGAACCGGGUGACGUGUGCAUUGGUGACCAUGACUUUCAUCUCUCUCGCCGACUGGAUCACCAUGCCCGGGUGCUUCUUCCUGUAUGCUGGUGUGGCAGCAGCCGCGUUCGUGUUCGUGUACUUGCAGCUGCCAGAGACUAGCGGGCGGAGUUUGGAGGACAUGGACGAGCUCUUCGCCGCCAAGUGA